AUGAUUGAGUCCCAAUCUAUACAUACGGUAUUUGCCGGCGAGAGUCAGUUCGCCCACACCUUCGGGCCAAUACACCGAAGCAUUAAUAUAGGGAUCAUUUGGCACAAAAUGGACUGGUGUUCGGUCUCCGUGCGUCGUUCACAAAAUACGUGCGCACUGCACACGAGUCCGCACAACCCUACGGUCACGUCUGGCGAUGAUUUGUCCGCUCCGACGGGUUUACUGAUGGAUCGCAAUAAUAAAGAUAAUAUGAAUGGCAUGAAUGGCGGCACCAGUAAUAGGGCGUCUAGAGCUCAGAAGACACCCAACAAUAACAACGAUAGAGAGAUGAGUGACCACAACAACCAAGCAAUUAAGUCAUGCCAUAAAAACAUCAAAUCAAACGAUUUCUUCAAUAAUAUCUUUGCUCAUCAUUUGGUCGAUUAUAACGAAUACAAUGUUUAACAUUUAAAACAUUGCUUAUUAAACAACAUUUCAGCC